AAGGAACACCAAAUUGCAACAACAAUAAACUGCUCUAGUAACUGCACUUUGCAAAGAUUUGUCUUGAAAAGUACUAUUUAAAACACAUUAGAUGAAAUGUUUAAUAGAAACGUUAAUUACUUAUCUUUUGCGAUCUUAGAGGCAUUCACAUAAUAUUUAUAAAUACACGAAUCAAUUGUUUUCACUAUAAUUGGGCCUACGUCACAGAACAACACACAUUCAUAUGCGCACAUGAACUGUCACACCAACUGCAUUUCUCAAAUGAGUAUGCAAAAAGUGUUUCCCUGCUACGGCAAUAUAAUAAACGGUACAUGUAAACGCUAUAUAACAAAUUCACCUGCGCAUGUCUAUUACUAGUACUCGUUUUUGUGUACCAUAAAUAUUUGUAUUGCAUUCAAAUAUCAAUUGCUUACACGCAGUAUGUUUAGAUUCCCAGAAUGUUAAGACGGUGGAAAAAAGUACUUUGCGUGUGUUUUUUUGCAUUCCUUGGUGCAGGGAUGGUGACAUCAGAAUCACCAAAUGUAGAAGAAUAUUUUCAUGUCUGCCUAAUGGGCUUAAAUGACGCUGGAAAAACCGCUAAUUUUAAUAGUUUAUUGGGCAGAAACUUCACAGAAACCCGCCCCACAAUCGGUUUUGAUGUCAGUGAUGUAAAAUAUAAAGAUGUUGUAUUUGCGUUUUGGGAUCUUGGGGGUCAGUGUAAAAUAAAAGGCUUAUGGAGGCAUUAUCUUGGAGAUACUACGCAUGCCAUUGUAUUCGUAAUUGAUGCAGCAGCGGGAAUGGAAAGAUUGAAAGUGGCAAGCAGGGCGAUGCAUGAAAUGUUUCAGAAAGCAAUUAUACCCAAAGAACUUUUCGUGUUGAUAUUGGCGAAUAAGCAGGAUUUAGAAGGUAAAUUGAGCAGUGCAGAGAUAAUAGAUGGUCUAAAUCUUCUGGAGCUAAAAAACGAGUGGGAUUUAUUAGAAACUUCGGCUAAAGAUUAUGUUGGCAUAAGUCAGAUCUUAGAUAGUUUAUAUCAAAAACUAAAUAAAAAUAAAUGAAAUGUCCAAUAGUAAAUGUUAUUAUUAUUAAUGAAAAAAAUAUUAACGAGAAAUAAAGGAGA